AUUAGCUGCGGUCGCGUUCCUUGGACCUUGCUGUGGUAGGCGCCUACAGGCCAGUGUUGCCAUAGAUCUCGUUUAUGAGUGUGGGCUCCAUACCUCACAAAGUCCUGGGACGUAACAUCAUGAGUUGCUUCUUGUUGUUCGUAUCAGGGCCGGCAUCCUACGUCUUGUUUGCGUCGUCGCCGCGGAAUGUUUGUACGUCUGGGUCGAGGGAGUGAUUGUUGUUUCCACGUGUGCGCCUCGCGGGGGUUGGACUUCGGGCUGGGCGAGCGCCGGAAUUUACGUCCUGUUCGUCGUGGUCCUCGUCGUGCUCGCACUCGCCGGGGCCGUCGCCUCUCGCGGAUACCCUCUCAUGCCCGUGACAGCUCUCCAAACUGCAUGCAACUCACGACUGGCCUUCCCCUCCUCCUCGCCCUCGGCGCGCGCGUCUUCAUCAACGCACUCCUCCCCUCCGACCCAACACACCCUCCCUCGACCCCAGACUACCUCCUCAACGGCCUCUUCCAGGGCGUCCUCAUCCACAACACCCUCACACAGCUACCCCAGGCGGUCGUAGUAGUAGUCGCUGGCGUCGCCGCCAAGCUCGUCAUCGACUGGGUCCGCCUCAGCGACGUCGUCCAGACAGCCUGCACCGUCCUCGGCGUCGCGCUCGGCGUCCUCCUCACCGACCUCCUCGCCCAGUUUGUCGACGGUACCCCCGGCAUCGGCCUUGGGGCAGAGUCCGUCGUCGGCCGCGCCCCGGUGGUGGCCGUUGCACGCGAGCCACCCCCGGAGCCGCCAAAACGCAUCCGCCUCGUCUCGUUCGGGCGCGACCGCACGCGCGCCCACCGACAUCGCGAACGCGAACGUGACCGAGAGCGGGAUCGCGACCGCGAACGAGAGCGCGAACGCAGCCACGUCGUCCCAGACGACGACCGCCACGGCCGCUCGAGCGACAUCCGGCCCAUCACGCCCACGCUCACCUACUGCAGCACCGCGCCCUCGAUCUCGCUCGACUCCGUGCCGUCUUCUAUCGACCCGGAGGGUAAGCUGACGCCGCAGGAGCGCGAGGUCGCCGUGCUCCGCGCGCGCGCGAGCCUCGCGGACUCAGAGCGGCGGCGGUUCAAGGAGGAGCGCAAGUGGGCGAUGAGCCAGGGCAACGUCGCACGCGCAAGCCAGCUCGCGUGGCAGGUCAAGCGCUACACGGCCCUUAUGGAGAGCUUCCACCGCGAGGCGGAUGCGAAGGUCGUCGAAGCUGCGCGGGUAGCAGCGGCGCCGCAACUUGCAGGCACAGGAAGCUCGUCCAGGCGUCGAUCGCAUUCUCGACAGCGCAAGUCCAGCCUCACCAGCCAUGGCGGCGCCGGCGUCGGCUCCGUCGCGAACGGCCAGCCCCUCGUCAGCGUCAGCAUCGGCGCGAGCCCCCGCGCCCGCAAGCGCAGCGGGGGCACCGCGACGCUCAAGCCGGCCAUCUUCGUCCAGGGCCGAGAGUGAGUGCCCCACUCGUGCUGCUUGGUCUCGGUCGUUCCGUUAUUCAUCACGCCAACCCCAAACGUCUUGCUACGUUUGUGUUCGUGCGGGCGGUGCUGCCGAUCGUUCACAGCAUAUCCGUAGGUGUAAAGUAGGAACAGAGGCGCAGCCCACAGUAUCCACCUGCACCACGGUCGACGGGAGCCGAUACGCGGUACGGAUAUGGCGACUGGCGGAGGCGACGACCAGGAGCGACGUGCGUCCACUGGAACCCCAUGUACAUCUUCACUGUAGCAGUUGGCUUCGUAUCCGCAUCAAUCUAGGGCAAGUGACCGCCGAGGUCCGCGUAUCCAGGAUCGUCACGACUGUCCACCUCCGGCUGACCGCCCCCUUGGCAUAGACUGCGGAACUGGAGGUACUACUUACAGUAACUGAACGCGAUGUGAUAAACUGUUGUAUUACUACGACGAUGAUGAC